GUACCAGACUGCAUCUCUAUCUGGAAUUAUACACUGUUGAUGGCGUCUGGUCGAAGGCUAAAGACAGGUCGCCUUCUGACAAACAGAUAGGCCGUUGACAUUAACGGUUUUGUGUUGACAAUCUCAGUUUCACACAAUGGAGGUGGAGAGUGUGGAAGUGGAGGAUGAGAGGCGUUUGACCCUCGUGAGGUUCGAGGCUGCAUUAAAAGUGAUUAAGAGUUUACCCCCGAAUGGUCCCUUUCAGCCGUCCAAUGAUAUGAUGCUCAAGUUCUACAGUUAUUAUAAACAAGCCACUGUUGGUGCAUGCAAUAUACCCCGACCUGGCUUCUGGGAUGCAGUUGGCAAAGCAAAAUGGGAUGCGUGGAGCUCUCUUGAAGAUAUGUCAAAAGAAAAAGCAAUGGCAGGCUACGUUGAUGAAAUGAAGCUGAUCCUGGAAGGUAUGCCCAUGACAGAUGAGGUGGAGGAGUUACUACGUGUCCUCGGCCCCUUCUAUGAGCUGAUUGACGAUAGGAAAAAGAUCACACAGAUAUCAGACCUGAGCAUGGGGUUUAGUUCAAUGGUGAAUGCAAAGCCAUCGAAGAGCAUCGCAAAGAGCAUCGUCAGAACAAUGAAGAUGAAUGGCAACCUGGAGACUCGUCCUGCCAUGCUCAAGGCAAAGGAAGUGAAGGAAAAGUCAGAGGAAGAAACACAGGAUGAAGAAGAGGAGGAGGAGGAAGAAGAGGAGGAAGAAGAAGAAGAGGAGGAGGAGGAGGAAGAGGAAGAAGAAGUGAUAAAGGAGGUCAAAAAAGACAAGAAAUCAGCAGUUUCUCAACCAAAGAAGAAGAGUUCAACCAAGAGACACAAAGUGCCUCUUUCCAACGGUAAAGUGUCCAACGGGGUCACCCAUCUGACCAAUGGGAGUCAUCCCAAGGCCGGUCUGAACGGUGUCCCCUCUCAGGAGGGCUCAGUCGCUGAGCUUCUGCUCAACGGUCACCACACAGAUCCUUGUUUGGAUGUGUCUGGUCCCAGUCAGCUGGCCAGUGACUCAGACAGCGAAGUCUACUGUGAUUCUGUGGACCAGUUCGGACAGGAAGAGAGCUCAGAGCAUAAUCAGUCUUUGGACGACCUGGAUGAAGACGAGAACCACGUCUUGUCCCCGUUAGAGGAGCCCCAGGACGAUGUUGACGGUGCACCAGAGGGCAUCAUGUGUGGAGGAGAAGAUGGAGAGAACGGUGGAACAGUGUCGCAGAGACAGAGACUGAAUGCAGACAUGUCUAACAGCCCUUUGGUCAGAAGAGAAGGAGGCUCCAGGUCUCCAGACCAUGGCUCUGGAUCUCUGAUGCCCAUGUAUGGUGGUGGAGAUGGGGACAGGGAGCGCUGGGGGGGAGCUGUCACACCCGGAGGAAGCCUGAAUGAGCAGAUAGUUGUCGUGUUGGCUAGACUGCAGGAGGACAUGCAGAGCGUCUUGGACAGGCUGCACACCCUGGAGGCUCUGACUGCUAGCCAGGCAAGAUCAAUGUCUCUGUCUCCAACUUGUGGAUCAACCCCGGUGAAUAAGAAGAGUCGGAAACCAUCCUGGUGGCCUUUCGACAUUUCUCCGACCAGUUUGGCCUUUGCUGUUAUUUGGCCCUUUGUUGUACAGUGGCUAAUCCGCCUAUACCUGCAAAGGAGGAGAAGAAGAAUCAACUAAAACCUGCUCUCACCCACGCACAUAGAGGAUACAGAGGAGUCCUCUAAAUGUCUUUGGUUGGGUUGCUAAUGGCUGUAACUCCCCCCUGCUUAGACCCACAGCCCAGUAAUUUGCUCUUGCACUAUGAAGAAGGAGCCUAGAGGGAGAGGAAGCCAUCUCUCAAGUAGUGUGGAUGUGGAAUCAAAUAGCAACAUGAAUGUAAGGAGUUGCAGCCUGUGAUUGUACACGCUUUUUAAGAUGAUGCCACUGUACCAGAUUAUUUUUCUCUAAGAAAUGGUUUGUGUUGAGAGGUGGAACUCAUAGUCAACGUUUCCUGCUUGUUUAUAAACCAACGACAGCAGCAUCUCAAUUAUAGCUCUGGGGAAAAUGAUUAAGAGACCACUGCACAUUUUUCUUCAAUCACAAUCUCUACAUGUAUGGCAGACAUUCCAUUCCAGUGUCUGUUGAAUUCCAACACAGAUAAAUGUUGUCAGUAGUUUAUAAAAUAAACUCUAUAAAUAGUGAAACCAGAGAAACUGAUGAUUUUGCAGUGGUCAAUACACAUUUUUCCAGUGCUGUAUUUCUAUAACUAAGGCUGUGUUGCACAUAAAAUGGGCUUGAUACUUCUUCUUCUUUUUUAAAACGUAGUGCUUGAUGUGGUUAAACAUUUUCACAAUUCUGUCAUUAGUUGCCCAGGCAAUGCUGCUAUAAUAAAAAUGUAAUAAUUGUAGUUCAGAAGGGAGGACUGAAAAAAGAAGUGUAAAAAGAUAUUGAUAUGUGAGAUUUUUUUUAAAUUCUGAGAUUAAAUUAAUAUUUAUUGCUUUUAGAAAGUUACAAUGAAGGUAUUGCUCACCAGAUUUCAGCUGUAUAAAUUAGUUUUACGUGGCCACUAAGUUGUAUGUGUAUGUUAGACAAGGUUAUUAAUAUGUUUUCAUCACCUGUCCUGCUGCAUAUCAAUCUGUGCUUUGUCAUAUUACUUCAAAUUGUUUUCCAAAUCGAUGAAGUGCCUCAUCAUCAUUAAGGUACAUUUAUACUGUAGGUGGCAUUAUUGUUUCUUACAUUGACAAAUUGUAGCAUAAUUGUUGCUGUGCUGGACAAAAUUAUCACUAAUCAUAAUACCUUAGCCUUUAGGUGAUGAAAAUGAGAAUCUACAUAGCUGUCCAAUUAUUAAUGCAUAAUACUUAUCACUGUUGUUUGACCUGUCAAGGUUUUCUAUAUUGUAUCAUUUUAAUGCGUGUUGUAAUAUGUUUGUGCAAAGAUUUUGUGAGUGAUAUGGUUAACAUGUGUGCAAAGAAGUGAGAUCUAUGUAAAUUCUAUACAAUAGCUGUACAGUUCAGAUUAAAAUGCAGUAUUUUAAUUGCAUUCUCAUGUAUUAUGGAUAUAGAAUAUUAUAUAUAAUUUACAAGUUUUGCAUCUGCAAUAGCACUUAUCUUCCAGAGCCAUUAUGUUUUAAUAAAGAAGUAAUAGUUUAUCUUUCUACUAAAAUUGUGCUACGGUUUAAUAGCCCCUCUGCCUGUGGACAGAGUGGUGUUUGCAUGUGAUAAUCCAAGCCUCAAAUAAAGUUUUCAUAAACUA